AGAAGAAGCACGCUUUAAAAUUUUGUUGCCCCUAACAAAACAUGCAAAGUAAAAGCAUUCAUUUCAAAGCUGCCAUCAGCAUAAAAUACACAUUAUAAUUGUAAUUAUAUACAAGUAAACAAAUAAUGGCCGCACAAAAUGGCAGACUGGCCUUUAUUGCCGAAUGGUUUCACGUUGAAGCGGGAAUUACUCGCACUUAUCUAUUAACAUAUCAUUUAAGCGAUGGUGCCGUCGAAGUGUUUGAUCAGCGCAGCCAUAAAAACUUUUUGCGUCGCACUAAAAUACCCGAGCUGAUGCUUCGCGAUUUCUUUGUGGGCUCCAAAAUCAAUGUGUUCGGGCGUUCCUUCGAUAUCGUUGAUUAUGCGGACGAAGUUACACGCAACACUUUGGCCAAAUACCGCAAGCGUGGAUUUGUGCUGCUCAAGAGUAGUAUGUGGCCAAAACAUUUGGGCGAAUUUCUCACAACGUUGAUUGAUAACAAGAUCAAUAUUAACAAUGCGCUAAUGGUCCAGUUUACGCCGAAAACAGUCACCCAGUUUCUGGCUAGCAAAGAGGGCGAUGAUGUGCACACCUCGGUUCUCAUGAACGAGCUACUGACAGGACCGGCAAUUAGUUUGGAGCUAAUCGGCGACAAUGUGGCAGAGAUCAUGUCUGCCUGUUCCAAAUACAAUACGGAGAAUGCCUCAACAAAGAUUGUUUUGUCACCCAGCAUGCAGCAACUGUUUGAACGCGAGGAUGUGCGCUAUGGAUUUUAUUGCCCGGAGAAGGAAGAGAAUGUUGCCAAGGAUUUGAAAUUCUUUUUUGAGGAGCGUAACAGCAUCAUCAAUGAUUGCCGUUUCAAGAACAGCACACUGGCCAUUAUAAAGCCGCACAUCAUCAAGGAUGGCUAUCUGGGCAAAAUAUUGACCGAGAUACUUACGUCCGGCUUCAAGAUAACAGCUAUGCGCAUGCUUCUAAUGGCGCGUGUUAAUUGCGAGGAGUUCUACGAAGUCUAUCGUGGUGUUUUGCCCGAGUUUAUACCCAUGGUGGCCCAACUCGCUAGUGGCGUUUGCAUGUGCCUAGAGGUAGUCAGCGAAGAUCCGAAUAAGCAAUCACAACAGGAGUUUCGCAGCUUUUGCGGUCCGAUGGAUCCUGAAAUUGCUAAACUAUUGCGGCCGCAUACACUGCGCUCCAAAUUUGGCAUCUCUAAAGUGCUAAAUGGAGUCCACUGCACUGAUCUGGCCGAUGACGUUAAUCUCGAGCUGCAGUACAUGUUCAAGAUAAUCGAAUGAUUUGAAUUAGCAUUUCUGUUUCGUUCAUUUCAUCAUUCGACUUGUGCUUGUGCGUGUGUGUGAAGAAAUUACAAAUACUAUUCGCAUUUACUGUGCAGCUAAAUGAGCCACCAUCAUUUUAGUGAAAACUGUAACAAAAUUUAAUAAAUAAGUGCUAGAAUUAGUUAGAGCUCUUGCUUCAAAUAUAUCUAAGGUUAUUAUCAAGAAAAUUAUUCUAAGAUCUCUUAAUUUAGGCUUACGAACUUCAUAAUCUAUUUGAUAUAUAAUGGGAGUUAAGUAUCUGAUCUUAAGUUAAAAUCAAAAUUGUCGAAUCAUAAGAUUAGACUACUUUUCGUUAAGCAUAUUUAUAUAUGAGAUUAGUUUAGGCAUUAAACGAAUUAUAUGGUCUGUGCAGAACAUUCAGUGGAAAGGUCCGAUCCUGCCAGUCGCUGACUUCUGACAUUUUUAUUAAGCUAUGUCAUUUAACCAGAGAAUAUAUGAAGUCAAGAUGCCCAUAUUAAAAAAGUAUUUUAUAAGCCGACUCAUUUCGUUUCGGCCUGAAGUUAAAUUUGUACAGAAAAAUGUGGUCAACAUCAUUAUGCAUUCUUUUCCUUGUCUUAAAACAAAUUUCUUGAAUGCACUUUUAUUGAUCAUCCUCGACUGGUGAGCAAUUUCUUUGACAGUUUCAAGAUCAAAGCAAAUAAAACACGUUUUA